CUCGCGCAGGGAAGAAAAGAGUCACCAUGACGCAGUUUUAGGAGAACUUUCCUCACGGAGUUCUUCCAGUCCGGACCUUUUCUUUCACGGAGCAACUUUCACUUCCACCGAGUUUUUACCCGUUUCCGAGCCCGCCGCGCACCGGUGUGAUGCCCGCCGGGAUGUUCAGCAUAGACAGCAUCCUGUCCGGCCGGCCGAGCUGCAAGGAGCCGCUGCUGCUGCACCGGAGCGGCCCGGUGGUGCUGUCCGCCGGCCUCACGGACUCUAUCUACACCGACUACAACGGACUGUACUCGGCCACAUGCGCUACUUCUCCCCCCGGCGUUCAGUCCGUGAACGGGACCAGGAUAGGAUAUAACGGCUACUACUACGGACAGCUGCACGUCCAGGGCGCCGGAGGAGCGCCGCCGUGCUGCGGCUCAGUGCCCGGCCUCAGCCCGCAGCAGUGCCCGUGCAUCCCGGCAGGCUACGACAGCCCGGGCUCGGUGCUGAUCUCUCCGGUCCCGCACCAGAUGAUGUCCUACAUGAACAUGGGCAGCCUGUCGCGGACCGAGCUGCAACUACUCAACCAGCUGCACUGCCGCAGGAAGCGGCGGCACCGCACCAUCUUCACCGACGAGCAGCUGGAGGCCCUGGAAGGCCUCUUCCAGGAGACUAAGUACCCGGACGUCGGCACCCGGGAGCAGCUGGCCCGCAAGGUCCACCUCCGGGAGGAGAAGGUCGAGGUUUGGUUCAAAAACAGACGCGCGAAGUGGAGGAGGCAGAAAAGAUCUUCAUCAGAGGAAUCAGAGAGCUCUCAGAAAUGGAACAAAACCACCAAAACGUCCGCGGAGAAAACCCACGAGGCUAAAAGCGACGUGGACUCGGACAGCUGAUAAUACCGCGGACACGUGUGCGCGCGCGUGUGUGGACCGAUAGCGGGAGGUGGCGUGGACUGGACGGCAUGCUGGUGGUGGUGUGAUGAAACGUGUUGCCAUGUUGCACAGUUGUACAUAAUCUACAUUUGUAUUAUUGACUUGGUGUCCGCUAUUUAUAUUUAAUUUAAGUUGUUGU